AUGGCGGAGGCGCAAGAGUCUGCAGGGUCUGCGACCCCGCCAACCUUUACGUACGACCCGAACCAGAACCAAAAUGAACAGCGCGAGCUUAAGAAAGGGUACCGUGCAUUGCUGGAGUCUGCACAAAACACGCGCCGCACACUCCCAGAACACACCAUUGCAGAGCUCGGUUCCAUGGUCCAACAAGGCGAUGAGCUGUACCACAAAGUGAAAGCACCGACUGACGGUAUUCUGGAUUCUCGGUUCCUUUUGAAUAUGUCCGACAUGGGCGCGGAAUUGUCGCGAACUAUGCGGGUCGGCGCGGACGCAUUUGACAUGGACGACUUUAUGCAGCGCGUAGCGCAUUUUGCAGGGGGCACUGCCGUGCAUAUCCGAGAAAAUGGCCGUGCUGUGGACGCACUCGAGGCUGAAUUGGCCUCGGGCGACACGGAAUCGUGGGAUUGGGACAAACUCGGUACGAUAGCGGCGCAGCACGCACGACGGGCUCCUGUAGUCGAUUGCUUGCUUGGUCCACUUCAAGUCACACCAAAGCACCGCAAAGUGACUCGGUCUUCGCGUCUGGAUACAGGCGCCGAGCACAUUGCGCCGCAGCAGCUCGAAGCCGACGACCUGGCACAGUCGGAGAACGAGACUUCGCACGUUGUGAUGGAAAUUGCGCGUCUUUUGGAUGAAAAGUCUGACGGGGAUGGCGAGGGCGUGUGUCUUUUCCAGUUUGCCCUGAAUCCGCACAGUUUCAGCAACUCGGUGGAGAAUUUGUUUUACGUUAGCUUCUUGAUCCGCGAUGGGAAAGCGGCGAUUUUGCACGCAGAGAAUGGCGAUCCACGGCUCAUGAGCACCUACGAACCUACGGAAGAAGACUGGAAUGCGGGCGUCAUGCGACGACAGAUUGUCCUGGAAUUGGAUAUGGAGACAUGGGCUGCGCUCGUCGAGCUGUACAAUGUGACCGAGCCAACGAUUCCCACGCGGCAGGACGAUGUGCAAACGAGCAACGGACGGAGCUGGUACGCAUAG